UAUACUCAGAGGUAAUGUUAUUUGAUUAUAUAAUACAUUUUAAGAUGUACAAAUCCUGCUUUGGUCAGCCAGAAAGCCAGAGAAAGAAAUGACCUGUUUUCCUGGGAUGUUUUACUGUGUUUUCAGCUGCCACCUAGUGGAUUGUUGGUGUUUUACACGAGUGGCCAGUAAUUCAUACGCAAUAAAUCUGUAUGGAACAACAAGCUUUCAGAUCUGAGAUAUAACAUGCAUCCAUGCGUGGUCUAAUAGGUGGUGGUUCUUUGGAAUCUACUGAAUUCACGUGACUUGCUGUACAUUGGAAUCCAUCCAUAUCAAAGGUAAGCUUUGUGUGUGUGUUGAAUAUCUAACCACUUCUGGUAAUGAUCACGCGACACGGCAUGAGGCUUGAAUAAACUCGGAAUGGAAAAUUUAAAAGUGCCGUUUCUAAUUUAUGGUUUGAUCAUUUCACUGAAAUAGUAGCCAGAUUGUUUAUCAUCCGGUUUUGUCUCUAGUACUGAUUUAAAUAUGUAAAAGAAAUCAUGAAUUAUGUCAAGUAUUUACUGUUAGAUGUGUGAUAUUAAGAAACGUAAUUAAUUAAUUGUCCUGUAUUUAAUUUAUCCAGUAAAGAGCUGAGCAACAAAUUUCAGAAUUUCCGUGAAAAAAAAUUAUACUUGGAAUCCCUGGAUUUCAUCGAGUUUCCCCUUUGGUGCCAAUUUUAGUGGUGAAAGAGUGUUCUUUUAAAAUAUUAAAUUAAAUAGCCACAAACCACAAUAUUUUAACUUUUAUUUGUCUUUCAGCCCAGAAAUACAGAUUCAACGUUUGAAAUGAGGUUUUUCAACAAUGUCCCUGGGACAGCUUUCACUACUUAAUCCCCUUUUUGAAUUUGACCUUUUGUAAAUGAGGCUGUCCUAGAGCCAAUGUGAAAGGCAAUUGUUUUUUCCCCUAGAAGGCGAACUUACAAAGAACAAGAAGACGUGUAAAAACUCACCUGCGAGUUUGGGGGGAUCCUGUGGGAAAAGCCAUUGAUAGGACGGUUGAGUCACCUCACAGGAGCGCAUCCAGGGGCGGCUUCCCUGGGCCGGGGCAGAUGCUGUCACUUUCCUCCGCAUGCCCACAAAGAGAGCAUUCAUGCACGCCAGAAACGGGACCUUUUGCCGGCCUGGGAAGACUGGUUUGUGGGCCGGCCAGCUGGACGCCCUUGACUCACUGGGCAGCGCAUGAGAGCGAUCGGUCCAGAUGGCAGGCAGUCAACACCUCGCGUUUGACAGCACAAUUAUUAAACCGGGAAUGAAUGUCACGAUGGUGGAAAAGAGGGGAUUCCUCACAAAUCUGCCAGCUGCUGGUGCACAAUGCUUCGGUGACGUUAGAAAGGACCUUCAGCGGCUGUCCACGUGUUUUAAAAAGUACGCCCCGGCAUGUCUCCUCUGCCAGGCGCCGAGAUGGUCAGGACGCCAGUGCACCUAUACCGGUACCUGCUACGUUGCUGCAAGCGCCUGCCUUCCCCGAUCGUUCAGCAGCACUACCGGCACGCAGUGAGACAGGGUUUUAAUAGCCAUGUGGAUGAGGAUGACCCUGAACGCAUCCGGCAAAUAAUUAAACGGGCAAUAGAAGACGCCGACUGGGUCUUGAAUAAAUACGAGAAAGAAUGAAGAGGAGUUGGUGAAGAAGAUGGCGGGCAGUGUGUGGCUCAGUGGGCUUAAGGCUCUGCAUGAUCAGAAGAUCGUUGGUUCAAGGCCAGCCUCGGCACGUUUGCGGGUCCUUAAGCAAGGCCUUUAACCCCCGGCUCCCUGGGCGCUGCUAUGGGUGGCUGCUCUUUGUGGCCAGCUGGCUCUCUCCUACAGAGAGCAGGCUGGAGGAGGUGUAGAGAGAGUUUCCCCAUAGGGAUCAGUAAAGUAUCAGUUAUUAUUAUUAUUAUUAGAAUCAGUGUCGUCUUCCUCCGCAGGGUGUUUAUCGGUAUGCAUGCUUGACCGUACUUGGGUACUUCUUUGCCGUCAUCUUCUAUUGCCAAAGUUCAAUACUCAAGAACAGAAGUAAGGAGAAAACGGUAUUAAACAAAAACAGUGGCUGUUGAUCUUGCCUCGCCGCACAUUCCAACGAUGCACCGGCUGCAUCUUUGCCAAUGAAAAUAAUCUCUUAAUUUAUUGCUUUUCCAGGUUUGUUCUUGGAAAGCAAAAACGCUCUUACCAAGAACACAAGCGCAGUCUUUGUGUUCAAUUUAGAAUGAGAAGUUGCCAAUCAUCAGCAACGGGAAGUAUGGUAAAAUAAAGACAGUUAGUGUCAGCUGAGUAAUUUUAUUAAGAAGCCUACUUUUGUCUCCAGGGUGUACCAUGUGAUGGUGAAAUAUUAAUCGAUUCUCCUGAAAGUUAGCCUAAUCUCUGCCGGACACCAUCCUGCAACGAAUAGGAAGUGAAAAAAUUAAAGCUGCACCCUAAAAGGUGAGAAGCGGACUGUGCCCACCUGGACUGUGACUGUUGACCCAGUAGUUGGGUCAUUCUGUAUCAGAUCACAAAGAAGAAAGAAAAUUCACUGGUGUUAACUUACUGGGAAAUCCCAAAUAUUUGAUCUGUAUCUAAUAGUUUUGAAACUACAGCCUUUUGAAUGUUUAAUAAAUUAAUUGAAUGUCGUCAAACGAGCUAUUCAGUCCGACGUCUGACAUUCAUGGCCCUUUUGAUAUGACAUGUGCACCUUUGAAACUUGCUUUCUGUAGAAUUUGAAGAUUAAUAAGAUCAGGUGUAUCUUACAUACUUACGUACAAGGCUCUGGAAAUGCGUGUCUUAUGGAUGCACUUUAGAUACCUUCAUAAUGCUUUAUAACUCAGCAUAAGAAUUAAGGAAGCUUUGUAAUGCAUUAUAUAUGAGAGCUUCACUGGAGUGUAUGAAGUGUUAUAAUCAACAAUGAAACGCCUUAUGACUGUAAAAUAGAAGAUACUUUAAUGCUUUAUUAAUUCUUAUACUGAUCAUUAUAAUGCAUUAUGGAUGCUUUGUAAUGCAUUAUGAAGGUAACUAAUGCGUUAUAUAUGAUGGCUUCAAGUCAAGUGUUACCCUUUUUUUUCCAGAAAUAGAUAAUUUUAUUGAUUAUCAAAACAUAUUAAAGCAUUACCACCAGUAACAUAAAUACAGGGUAAAAAAAUUUUCAAAACAUAAACAAUCAUUGAAUAGUAUUUGGAUUCAUAAUGACAAGUCAGCUUUUAAAAAUAUAAUGUUGCAGAUUUUGAGUAAUACCUUUAAUCUUUAGUCUAUCAUUUUGACAAACUUCAGAACAUCAGUAUCUCAAAUAACACAAUGACAUAUAUUGCAUACUUAAGUGGACAUCGCAUUACUCAGGAGUUAGUUUGGGAAAACGGUACAUUUUGUUAAUAUCACUGGAACUAAUUGUGUAACUGCAAGCACUGCUACCUUCAGUGUUAGGUGCACUGACGAGACAAGUGAUAUAUUGUAACGAUGGCCAGCAUUUGUCUUUCCAAGACCUUGCAAGUCAAGAGAGAUCGUGUUUGUGAAAUUCGGACUUGAAAUUGUCACUAUAAAUCUGAAUACUAUUUACUAUAACUGUUUAAGCCCUGAAACAAAUUUCUCACUGUAUUUAUCCAUUACUGGUGAUAAAAUGUUUUUUGGCAAUCAAUAAAAUUGUCUGUGAGAUGCUGUUCAGCCAAAUGUCUACUUCAAUAUUGGUUUAUAUACUAGAACUUGUGGCCAUAAGUGGAAAUUAGCAGGAGAACAUUUUAAACUGAAUUUGAGGAAGCACUUCUUUACACAGCGUGUAGUUGGAGUAUGGAAUAGUCUUCCUGCUAGUGUAGCACAAGCUAAAACCCUGGCUUCCUUUAAAUCCGAGCUAGAUAAGAUUUGAACAUCUCUGAGCUAUUAGUUAAGUUCUCCCCAAACUAGCUUUGUAAAUUGUUUUUAUGUUCUUAUGUUUAACUUAUGUUUGGCUUGAUAAUCGAUAUUCUCCAGUAACUCCGGCUACCAUAUAUAUAAAUGACUUACAAAGUCAAGUAAAGUAUUAGCCGAUACUAAUAGCGACUUAGAGAUGUCCAAACAUAAUUAAGCCAGACCAAACUGGUUUUGUAAGGUCAAGAUACGGUUCUGAUAAUGUACGUCAAGCACUCGGUGUAACUCAAUACUCACAAAAGCCCAGCAUUAAUAGUUUCAUUAGAUACUGAAAAAGCAUUUGAUCGCGUAGAAUGGCCUUUAUUUGCAGCAUCAGAAAAGAUUAGUCUUGGCCCAAACUUCAUCCAUAUAGUUAAAACUCUUUAUACCAACCCAGUCACAACUGUUAAUACAAAUUGCCUGAUGUCUGAGUUUUUCUCUGUACGUAGAGGCUGUAGAUAGGGAUGCCCCUUAUCACCCUUAUUUACCCUAGUUAUUGAACUCCUGGCGGAGUCCAUUAGGGCUAACCCAGAUAUCUGCGGAAUUACCGCGGGUAAAGAAAAACAUUGUCCAUCUCAAUUUGCAGACGAUGUACUACUUUUAAAAAAAAAAAAAAAAUAUCCUGAUAGAUCAGUUACAGCUGUUUUGAAAACCCGAUAGUGAAUUAUCCGGUUGUUAAAUAAACUGUAGCAUAACCUUUGAAUCUUCCCCAAGAUGGAUUUACACAUUUUCCUUUUCGUACCUCUGAAAGAGGAUUUACCUACCUGGGUAUCUUUGUUACCCCUGACUUUCUGACAAUCUGUUCCAGGCUAAUUUCCCUCCUCUAGUACAAAGAAUUAAAAGGGACUUAGAGAAAUGGUCGUCUCUACCAACUUCUUUCCUUGGUGGGAUUAAUGUUGUAAAAAUGAACAUACUUCUUUUGGUAAGUUAUUUCAGAAUCUUCCAUGUUAUAUAAAGCUAUCAUUUUUUAAAUCCUUGAACUCUCUUAUUUCUUGCUCGAUUUGAAAGAAUAAACACCUGAGAGUCACAUUUUCUAAACUUACCAAACCUAAAAAUCUUGGAGGAUUGUCUUUGCCUAACUUGUAAUUAUAUUAUUGGUCUCCCCAUAUUAGAAAUAUGAAGACUCGGUUCAUGUGUCGACAUGAAUCCCUAUGAUUUUCUUUGUAAUCAUUAGCUUGUCACCCUUAUUUGCCAAAAAAAUUGCUUUUUAUUUAUAACAUACAUCAGAUUUCUUCAGUCAAGGUUAAUACUAUUAUUUAUAAUUCGUUGUUAAUAUGGAGAGAUGUGAAAAAGUAUUUUAAAAUCCCUCCAAUUCUGUCUCUACACUCCCCUUUAGCAUUAAAUCCUGAUUUUCCUGGUCAGCUUAGGAACAUUGGUUUAUUAGAAUGGAGGGUAUAUCAUUUGUUAGAUUUCUCAGAUCUACUAAUCAAUGGCUCCUUAAUGUUUUUUGAACAACUUAGGACUGACUUUGACAUCCCACAUAAGGAAUUUUACAAAUUCUUUCAGAUACGACACAUUGUUAACUCUCUGUUAAAGGCGAUGUUGGUUACUCUUAAACAUUUCAGAUCUUGAAUAUCUUUUGCUUUCUCCCAAGAUACUCUAGUGCAGAAGUGGUCAGUCUUAUCCGCUAAGGGCCGGUGUGUGUGCAGGUUUUUGGGGUAACCGUUAGGUCAGCUGUUCAAACCCAGAUGUGAGGACUCUUCAGCCAAUCAGUCCUCUAAUCAGUAAUCCAAUUUUGGGAAUUGCAGUGAAAACCUGCACACACUGCGACCCUUUCUGGAUAAGAUUGCUCACCGCUGCUCUAGGGUAAGAAUUCUGAGAUCUACUCCUUACUUCUGUUUUCAGACUCAGCAUCUCUCGAUGCUUUGAAUCCCAUUUGGGAACAGGAUCUGGAAAUAACCUUUAGUUCUGCAAUAUGGAAAGAAAUUUGUAACAGUAUUCUUCCUAGAUGUACUUCGAUCUCAAUCCAUGAACAAAAUGUUAAGUUUUUUCACAGGACAUACUAUACAUCAGUUCGAAUGCACAAAAUGUUUCCUAACACUUCAAACUUGUGUUUCGGUCUUGUGAACAUUUACAAAAGUUCUGGAAAGAGGUUUUCUAAUCCAAAAUAUUAUCAAGAAGCAAUUUACUACGUCCCCUGUUUUUUAUUGUAUUAUAUUUCUGAUGAUUAUUUCACACUGGAUAUAAAAAAUAUGCUCACUACUCUUGUUUCUGGCAGAAAAAUGUAUUUUACUUCACUGAUCUACUCCUCAUGUUCCCACUGUUAAUAUGUGGUUGACACCAAUAUCAGCCCUUUUCCCAAUGGAACAAUUGAUACAUGAUCUAAACCACAAAUCGGACAGAUUCUGGAAACUCUAGAGACCUGUAUACUCUUAUCUACAAGAUCCUGCAAAGUAAUAUUAUUCUGAGUGCGUUUUUGUUUGCUUGCUAGUUUAUUUUUUUCUAACAGCACUGUUGGAGCGGGGUGGAGGGGGGGUGUAUAUGUGGAUGUGAAUUGUAUGUUUUUUUUUUGUUGUGAGAUUCUCUUCAGAUUUAUGCACGGUAAAAAUAUGAACACGAUGCUUAACUGCCCACAUGGUCGAAUGAGGAAAUGAAAAUCGAGCACAUUUCCAAACAUUAUUCUGAUACUCCUGUAGUAGUAAUACUUCUGGUUACUGCAUAAACAUGGUCUAACUGAGUGCUUUGUCAAGCAUCUUGUUCAAGUGGGGAGCUCUCAAAGGGGGUAUCAUUUUGUUUUGAAAUUCUGGCCAUUUCAGAGCCUUGAAGGAGGAAAAGUGCUUAAGUGAAACUUAGAUAAGUGUGAUACUUGAGCCCAUGGCUGGACACAAACAGGCGUAGAAGUUCCUGUUCGACUGAAAUGGAAGGAAACUGGCAGAGGUGUGAUGAUAUCGGCAGGGUGAAAUUAUGGGCCCUUUGAAAAGUCGCUAAUGGGGUCAACAGCAAAUGGCGAAGAUGACGUUCUAGAUAAACACUUCCCCCUUCCACUGACAAAUGAAUGAGUUGGAUUCAGGAAACAAGCGAUAUUUUUGUAAUACGAUUCAUUGCCACAUACUUUUAACGUUGACUGGAAUUAAAUGGCUUUAAAGACAA